GACCAAACAACGUGAAUGAGGUGUCCUUGGAUAGCCUUUGAAGUCUAGUUUCAUAUUUGAGUGGUCUCUGUGCGAGAGGGGAGAGUUUAUCACACAAAAAAUCGAGCUGGAGUGAACUGCUGUCUGUAAACUCGAGCAGUGAGAGUGCUGAGGCUGUUUGGUUGAUAUAUCGAGUUAUACCAAUCCAAUUAAGGCGUGUAAGAUACCAAAAGAAAUAUCUCAAGACGAGGAAUCCGUGAAGGUCUGGUUUGCAUCAAUCAAAGUAGUGGAAGGCUUCCAAAUCGUCCGAGCAAAACACAACCUUGCAGAAACAGAUCUACUCUUCUAAAGAAACGAGUUAGCCGGAAAACACCCAUUCUAGGGUUAGCCGGAAAACACCCAUUCUAGGGGCUGUUUUCGUACCAACGAUUAAGGGUUGAACUAGCACUUUGAGGAGGCUGUUUGACACUCAUUUCUAAGCAAGGAAUCAGUUCUCAAGCUUCCUUGGCCGAGGCUUUGGUCAUUGGAUCGAGAAGGAAAGUUUUAAAGCUCAUUUGAGGUUGAGGCUAGAGCUUGCUUCCUGUGCUCGUUGCUCGAGAGAUCAUCUAGGAGGGAAGACUUGAAAUGGAUGGUGGUGGCAAGGUUACGAGAAGGAACCCGACGGGCCGUGCACCGGUGGCGACCGGGCAGGGAAGCCGUGGGGCCUCUAGAGUGUGUAGAGGGGCGAGCCGUGGAGGCCGAUCGCACACUGUGAGCGACGGUCAUGUUGACACCGAGGAGGAAACCUACUGGUCCUAUGAGGACUCGACUUACCAACCGGAAACCGAGCCGGUUGAGACCCCUUACGAAGGAGAUGACGAUGAUGUAAGUGAUGAAGAGGGGGAGAAUGACUCCCUAGCAAGAAUUGAGGCGCUGCUCCAGCAAUAUCAGCGGGAGCGCGAGGAAAGGAGGGAACGCCGAAGGCGCCGAGGAGGGCGAACUUCGGGUGGGGCUUCAAGAGGAAGAAGCCAUGGCAACUCUAGGGCCCACAUUGAACCACAUGGGGGCCGGGAUUAUGGAGGUCCAAUCAUAAGGAUCUCAAAAUUUUUCAAAGAGGCGAGAGACUUGGGGUGCAAACCUGACGUGCACUUGUCGUGAGGUGCACUCAAAAUAAAUACAAUACAACACUAAUACGUAGUAUAGUGAAGUAAGGUUCGUAUCCACAGGGAAAGGAAUACUUCUCUCUUUAUAAUCCAGUAACAAGGGGGGUUUUAGAUUGAGUAAAUGAACUUAAAUUAUAUUUAAACACGAAGAUGAACGAGUUAUGUGGUUUAAUUAAUAAGAAGAAGACUUGGCUUUGC